AGGGCAGCCAGUCCCAAAUCAUGGCACUGCUGUUUGAUCCGCAUUUUACGCUACUGCGGGAGGAUCAAAGCGUUAAAGUUUUCAAUGUGUUAUUGGUGAUCUCGCAGUGCCUAGGAGGCUUGGCUAUUCUGAUGGUGGCCAUAUGGAUGGGUGGCUAUGAAGACGGUUUUUCAUGGACUGAAGAUCCAGAACGCGAAUUCCAUUAUCAUCCAACGUUCAUGGUUAUGGGCAUGGUAUUCCUUAUGGGCGAAUCCAUGCUUGUGUACCGUGUAUUCCGUAACGAGCGGAAGAAGUUCAGUAAAACCCUCCAUGUUUGUUUACACUCGAUGGUGGGUGUAUUUAUGAUCAUCGCUCUGAAAGCCGUCUUCGAUUCGCAUAAUUUGCACAGAGAUGACAAAGGUGAUCUUGAUCCGCUCCCCAACCUGAUGUCAUUACAUUCUUGGAUCGGUAUGUGUGUGGUCAUCUCCUUCUGCAUCCAGUAUGCCGUCGGCUUCAUCACUUUCUUCGCUCCCGGUAUGUCUAUCCCAGUUCGCCAGCUGGUGAUGCCAUAUCACCAGCUCUUUGGUAUGAUGAUCUUCGGAGCUGUAGCGCUCAACGUAGGAAUGGGAAUUGCUGAGAGAGCCGCAUGGAAGCACACUUGCUGGACGAAAGGACGUGAACUUUGUGGCCAACAAGCUGUCUCAAACUUCGUCGGGAUGUGCGUAUUCUUUUAUGCGCUAUGCGUUCUCAUGCUGGUCUCGAAUCCUAGAUGGAAGCGCCGUCCAUUGCCAGAAGAAGAAAGUCUACAUCAACUAACUGCUAGCAGUAGCCAGGAUUAGACUCGAACUUUUUCCAAUCUGUACUUUUUCAAGAUGGUGGUGGUUUACUUAAUUCUGAUUUUUUGGAGGUUGUCUGUGAAUCUCUCUCUAGUCUGGGCUAUUCCCUCGUUAACUUUCAUCGCUUCACCCAGUUUUUCUGUACCGUAAGCUUACCGUAACUGUAUUGCUCUCCAAAUUGUGAAAACGAGAAUGCUAUUUUUGCAUUUCUUGGUAAAUAUCUAUAUCGUAGGCUUGACUACUCCAUAAAUCGUCGAUGGCGGUCCCAGAAUUUUUUUUAGGGAGGGGAAGGGAGUGAGCAGCUAAGAAGUUUUUCGAAUAAGCGAUUUUUCAAAAAAAUGGGAAUGUUACCAUACUACCUAAAUUCUAAGCGAGCUUAUACGAUAGCCACGCCCCAUCCUUUUUUUCUAAGAAGCUGAUUUGAAUUUUUUUAGAGUUUGCAC